UUUAUUAUUUUUUCCCCCCUAACAUCGGCUUUGCUGGAUAUCCGUCGAAGAACUGCAAUUGAUCAUUGCAUUUAAUGUUCCAGAUAUAUACUCUAUAUAUAUGUUUGCAGAAGCUUACUCAGGCGGAGCUACCCGAGCUGGCACGGGAUCGCUGAUACGCCGAUACUCAAUAACUAGUCAUCAACAUAGUUGCCGCCUGCCAGCUCGACCUCAACUUGCACGCGCUGUGUCUAAUACCUCUGGCACUCCGCCAUGCCUCCCAAAAGCGCAAAGCCCACGAGCGAUGAGCUCCUCGCUCAAUUCGACGAUCUUGGCAUCGACACCAACAAGAACACCGACAACAACAACAGCAACAAGCAGGCCAACGUCACAGAUGCCCAGAAGGAUCCUCUCGCCGAACUGGAAACACUCGCAUCCCAGCGCCCUACGACACCACGCGUGUCAACCGAAGCUCGUCGGUCGAAACCCUCGUCAGGACGGACUAGUGAAGACAGGCCUGCCGUGAAUCGCAAGUCGGAGGAUGCGAGUGCACCUCAUCCGGCUACUGUUGAAGAGGAGGGGCAACAGAAUACAUCAUCAGCCGCGACGAAUAAUCCCCCAGCUGCGCAGGAGGCUCCUAGGGGCACUGCUGCUGGCGGUGGCGGUGGAUGGUGGGGAGGGAUCUUAUCGACAGCAACGGCAACAGCAUCUGCUGCAAUGAAGCAUGCCGAGGCCGCUGUCAAAGAGAUCCAGAACAACGAGGAAGCGCAAAAAUGGGCCGAGCAGGUAAAAGGGAACGUCGGAGCUCUAAGGGAUUUUGGAGGCGAAUUGAGAACGCUUGCUCUACCAACCUUCACGUCGCUCAUUCAUACUCUUGCGCCCCCGAUUUCUUCACAUGAGAGAUUGCAAAUACAUAUUACACAUGAUUUAUCAGGAUAUCCUAGUUUUGACCCUCUAAUCUACGAGGUGUUUGCCCGUGUCAUGGCACAAGUGGAGGGCGGUGAUCUACUGGUAAUCCAACGCGGACAGGAAUCCUCCCCGCGACGAGGAUCAGAAUUCGGCUUCCAGGUUUCCACGGCUGGCUGGCAUGAUGGGCCCUGGUGGCGCACCGUCACCCCUGGAAACCCUCGCAACAUCUCCGCAGUCAAAGGCACAGUGGAGGGAACGAAACUGGUGAGAGCUAGCGCCGAGUCCUACGCAACAGAGUACUACUCCUCUCGAGGUGGUGUAGAGGAAGCCGCGAAACAGGCCACAGCAGUACUCAGCGACUCCAACCCCGUUCGCAGCAGUGACAUUUUCUUGGCUAUCCAGGCGAUCAGCCAGGCCAAGCCUAAGGAGCUUUUCCAAGCUGGGGCUACUGCGGAAAAGAGUCCAGCCGGAGGGGUCGUCGAAUUGGCAGAGGAAGCCGAUGAGGAGGUUCUCUUUGCAGUUUACCUGCACGACCCGGUACACGGUAUUGCCUUCCACGCAAUCUCACAGGCAAUCCCACAGAAAUGGGUGGACUGGCUCGAUGCGUCAGUCCCAGCUGUCGAACCCAAGGAUAAUGAAGGCAACGCCGACCACAACAAUAUCCCCCGCGUGGUGGUCCCUGACGCGAUCGCUGAGAUUGUCGAGAGCGGCGGGGUUGACCCGCGCGAGUGGGUGGCAGACUGGAUCGAAGAAUCCCUGAGUCUGGCGGUUGGCGUGGUCGCACAGAGAUAUGUCGCGCGCCGCAUGGGCGUCGGCGAGGGAGGGAUUGCAAAGGGAAAGCUGAGGGCCGAGCAAACCACGACGGUUGAAAGUGGCGCUGGCGAAGCAGCACGGGCGCUUUGAUUUUGUUACUCUGCUUGUGAUUCUCAGUCGUCUCUCUUUUCUGCCCAUCCAUGUUACUAAUGAAUAAUUUAUUGCCAAUCUUAUCCUUGUCAAAUAAUCGAUACCAGACUACGCCAGUACAAUGAACAUUACAGAUUUUGAUAUCUG